AUCCACCGAACUUAACAAAAGGUGAAUCCUUCCUCCCUCUCCGAUUCAUAACAGAAAGCUUUUUUUUUGAAAUCCCGUUAAGGACUGGAGGAAGGAGACCUGCCACUGCUGCCAGUGUGACUGAUCAUUGACGGCCGGAAGGAAGGAAGGGGAAGGAAGAGCAGCGGCGGCGCCACCGGGAAGGGGUCGCAUUCGGGAGGCCGUCGGCAGCACCGAUUUCACUUUCCUUGCAAAUCACUCAUUUCUUCCACGCCGACCCAUUUGUUCCUGUCUCAAUCUCACUCAAACCCACCCCACCAUUUCCCCCUUUUCUUUCACCUCCCUCUGUCUUCCACGUUCUAGGGUUCUCUCCUUUGUCAGCUCAUUUCCUCCUCUUCCGUAGCAGCAGCAGCAAUGGCGGAUCUCCACUCCAAAUCGGACAUUUCCUUCGCUGAGGUUUUCUUGUGCAGCGCCUUUGCUGCUUGCUUUGCCGAGUUCUGUACAAUUCCAUUGGAUACAGCAAAAGUUAGGCUACAGCUACAGCGAAAGACAGCUCCUUCUGGGGAUGGAGGAACAACUGGUGUACCUAAAUACAGAGGUUUGUUGGGCACCAUGGUUACAAUUGCGAAGGAGGAAGGUUUGUCAUCACUCUGGAAGGGGGUGACUGCUGGACUGCAUCGUCAGUUCAUCUAUGGAGGCCUAAGGAUUGGAUUGUAUGAACCCGUGAAAUUUCUUCUGGCUGGCAGUGAUUCUGGUGGAGUUAUCCCUCUAUACCAGAAAAUACUUGCAGCUUUGAUAACAGGGGCACUAGCUAUUAUUGUAGCUAAUCCAACAGACCUUGUGAAAGUCAGGCUGCAAGCUGAAGGAAAACUACCACCUGGUGUGCCUAAGCGGUAUGCUGGGGCAUUGGAUGCUUAUCGUACUAUAAUGAAGCAGGAGGGGCUAGCUGCCCUGUGGACCGGACUGGGGCCGAACAUAGCAAGAAAUGCCAUCGUAAAUGCUGCUGAGCUUGCCAGUUAUGAUGAAGUGAAACAGACAAUUUUGCGAAUUCCAGGGUUCAGGGACGGUGUUCUUACUCACAUACUAGCUGGCCUAGGUGCUGGUUUCUUUGCUGUGAGCAUAGGGUCACCCAUUGAUGUGGUGAAAUCAAGAAUGAUGGGAGACUCUUCCUACAAAAGCACUGUAGAUUGUUUCAUCAAGACCACGAAGACUGAGGGUAUUUUUGCCUUGUACAAAGGUUUCUUUCCCAAUUUUGGCCGGCUAGGGUCUUGGAAUGUUAUAAUGUUCUUGACGCUGGAGCAAGUGAAGAAAAUAUUUGUCGGGGAAGUAUACUACGAUUGAGCGCAACAAGGUGGUCGUCUCUGGCAAGCAAGGAAGAAGCCAUUACUACUUCUUUGCCGGUAGAUUAAAGCUUCAAAUUAUUGAUAUAGCUCCUUUUGAUGGGAGCGAAAUAAUGCAUCAGACUGGCGAGAUAUGCCGCCGCAGGAGAUGCAGAGUAGAUGUUGUAAUUGAUUUAUUGACCUAUUAUAUCAUUUAGAUUCUGAGCUCUCAUCUCUACCAACUUCAAUCCGAUUGUUUCAUCCACAAUCUUGCUUGUAAAACAACCCAGCACCCAGGUUCUUUUGGAUACGGAUACCCGAGAAACAACAUGGCAAUUACAUAGUCUUGAUGAUAGCUUAUCACAUUACAAUCUUCAAGAUCAAACAUAAACUAUUAGCGCCUCAUAACUUGCAGAUGACACUCGACCCAAAGCUUGUUAUGUUCUGGGUACCAGAUAAACCCUAGCCUUGACAAUCGAUCCGUUCCCAAGCUUAAACCCCGGGCAAACUGGAAACCCAACAACCUGACCAGCCGGAACCCUUCCACCGGAAAAUCUCACCACACUUUCCAUGUACUGGGCAUGGAACUCAGCUCCCCUGCUGGCCUCGAAUUGGUUCGGGGCUGGAUCGAGGGAGAAAGCCAGCAGAUGAAGCAACCAAAUGGCCUUGGCCAAUCCCAAGAACUCCCCGUAGAAUUGGCUCCUCGGAUGGUUCCCUGCCGCCACCUGUUGCCGCUGCUCCAAAUUGCCGAACAAGGAUUCCUCCAUCUUCGGGUGCACGAUCGCGAGGUACUUCUUGGAGCAGAACUUGCCGAAAUGGCAGGUGGGCAGGAUCCCCAGCAGCUCCACGGGAUCCAUGGCUUUCAUGUCCCUGUACUGGGUGAAGCAGUCUCGCCGGAAUUGGUCCGGGUUGAGCAGGAAGACAGGCUGCCGUCCAUGUAGAAGUCUCGUGGUCGAAUCCUGCGAAGAUUUUCCUGGAAAUGUACGAUUCCAGCGCGUACUUGGCGUGGUGCGUGGCUGCCGUGGAGGCGAUGGCGUUGAUCGUGGUGACGGUUUCGGCGGUGGCGUUUGCCGCCGCGGCUUCGAUUGAUCGGACUGCAGCCGGGAUGUCCCAGUGGGCGGCUCGCAUCAGCGACAGGAGGAUCGCGGUGAAGCCCUUGGAGAUUCUUUCACCUGGCUCAUCGUCGCCUCGAAAAGCUCCGGCGCCGGCGCCACAGCAACUUGGGUAGCGUGACUGCAGCUGACCUUCCGCUUUGACUGCGACCGACCUUUCUUCCCUCCGCCGUUGCUGUGACACGUGACGGCGGCGCUCUUCAGCUUCUCCUUCAGAUUCACAACCUCCGCCUCCCUCGCCUUCACUUCCUUCUUCAGCUCCUCCACCGCCGCUUCAUACGGCGCCACCGCCUCCCUCAGCAUUCCCACUACACUUCCACCGCCGGCGUUUCCUCCUCUUCGCCUCCGCCCUCCUCCGCCGCCGCCGACGCUGACGGACCGCCGGAAUCUCUCUCUCAAAACACCCAGCUUCCUCAGCUCCCCGACCACCGCCACGUCGGAGGACCUCAUCCGCUCCGGGUCCCACGGGCAAUGCGCGUCCUGCAAGUUAACGUACGCCUUCUUCAUCAACGAGACAGCGUCGAAGACCUCGUUGACUAGCAUCUCCAUCUCCAUUACCCUCUCCAUUGGAACCAGCUCACCUCGCUCUGGAGCUUCUUCUUCCUGCUCCCCUGUUUCCAAUCCCUAAUUUCCCCAUUUUCCGUUUCCUCUUCCGUUUCGUUUCCUUCUUCUUCCUCCUCCUCUUCUUCAUCCUCUGUCGUCUCGUACUCGGACACAUAAUCCUCCUCGGUGCCGGAACCAUUAUUCCCCGACGGAUCGUGCUUGCCGCCGGUGGUGGCGAGUGGGUGGAGCAAGCAAGAUGCGGUGACCCGUUGAAUCAGGUCGGAGAAACCACACACCUUGGUAGCCAUUUCUCCUCUCUUGCUUGUCGCCUUGAUGUCUUCUCUAUUCCUGCAACAAACAAAAAGACGGGGGCAGACGCAAUGUAAAGUAUAAUUCAGAAAAGGCUGGAAGCUUUUCUAGGAUGGUGGCAGAAGAGCCCCAUUUGGGAUCAGACCCACCUAAUCGAAAAGCGAAAUAAUUUUUCGGGGUCGACAGAGAAAGAGAGAGAUGCGGAGGGUGGAUCAUGUGGUAAAGGUUGCACACAAGGUGCUCGAUGAAUUGACGCAAUGAAGUGGAGAUUUAUUUAUGAGUAGUAGAAGUGAA